UUCCUAGCGCCCGCCUGGAAAACGAGACUCCGGCUUGUUCCCGAGCUCCGGAGAGCCCCGCGGCGAUCACGGGGCGCGCUGCCCUCGAGCCGAGCUCGGUCUCCUGGCUGGAUUCCUGGCGCAGAGACGCGUAAAUCGUUCCCGUGCUGAGAUUAGCUCUGUAGAAGCCGGAGAGACCGCGUCUUCGUGCUUACUCUGCAAACCCCUUUCACACUUGGCUUCCGUCCGCAAAGCUCUUCUCGGACUUGUCUGCUUGCAUAAUUAGGAGCUGAAAUAAUGUGUUGAUGCUCUUAUGUUCCUCUUAAUCCUUUGUGUAUUUUCCUACGACCAAGUUAAGACUGAAUGUCCUACCCAGGCUACCCUCCUUCAGGCUAUCCUGCUUUCCCUGGAUAUCCCCCUCCAGGACAAGAGUCUGUUUAUUCACCUGCUGGUCAGUAUCCCUAUCCUGCUGUUCCUGGAGGCUUCCCGCCUAUGGGAGGUAGUGCAUAUCCUGCAGUGCCCCCAGCUGGUGGGUUCCCAGGAGCUGCAGGAUAUCCCGCACCUGGAGGUUACCCUGGAGUUCCCCAACCUGGGGGGAUGCCAUCAUAUCCCGGAGCUCCUACAGGUCCUGGGUUUGGUGUUGCUCCUAAUGGAUCUGGCUUUGGUGGUUAUCCUCAGCCUCCGUCUCAAAGCUAUGGAGGAGGUGGACCAGCCCAAAUACCAAUGGGAUACCCUGGUGGACAAGUACCUUCUCCAGUGCCUACUCAGCCCACAGCAAUGACUCAAAGUACCCAGGGCACAAUUCAAGCGGCGCCCAACUUUGAUGCCGGGAGGGAUGCCGAAAUACUGCGCAAAGCUAUGAAGGGAUUUGGAACUGAUGAGCAGGCUAUCAUUAAUGUUGUGGCCAAUCGCUCCAACGAUCAAAGGCAAAAAAUUAAGGCUGCUUUCAAGACUAUGUAUGGCAAGGAUUUAAUUAAAGAUCUGAAGUCUGAACUAAGUGGAAACAUGGAAGAACUGAUCCUAGCCUUGUUCAUGCCACCUACCUAUUAUGAUGCCUGGAGUUUACGUCAUGCAAUGAAGGGAGCAGGCACUCAGGAGAGAGUGUUGAUUGAGAUUCUUUGUACGAGGACGAACCAGGAAAUUCAAAACAUAGUCAGGACUUACAAAACGGAAUUUGGAAGAGACAUUGAACAGGAUAUUAGAGCAGAUACCUCAGGACACUUUGAACGAUUACUUGUAUCCAUGUGCCAGGGCAACAGGGAUGAGAAUCCAUCUGUGAACUACCAGAAAGCUCAGGAAGAUGCUCAGCGCCUCUAUCAAGCUGGUGAAGGGAAGCUUGGAACCGAUGAGUCUUGCUUUAACAUGAUUCUGGCAACCAGAAGUUUCCCCCAACUGAAAGCUACAGUUGAAGCAUAUUCUCAGAUUGCCAAUCGUGAUCUCUUGAGCAGCAUUGGCCGGGAGUUUUCUGGAAAUGUAGAAGAUGGCUUGAAGACUAUUGUGCAAUGUGCUCUAAAUCGCCCAGCCUUCUUUGCUGACAGGAUUUACCAUUCCAUGAAAGGAGCUGGCACAGAUGACUCUACGCUUGUCAGAAUUGUCGUCACUCGCAGUGAGAUUGAUCUUGUACAAAUCAAACAGUUGUUCACACAGAUGUACCAGAAGACUUUGGCUACAAUGAUAUCAAGUGAUACAAGUGGGGACUACAGGAAUUUGCUGCUGGCAAUCGUUGGUCAAUAGAAAAGAUGUACAUAUUUACAAAGUGAAGGAUAUGUAAUGAGCUUAAGGGGGGGGGAACAACUAUAGCAUCUAAGAAUGAUUUAACAUUGCAUAACCAAGUAUGCCUUAAGGAAACUGUAAAAUAAUCAUUCAUGUUUAAUUUAGAGCACAUUUAUAUAGUCUACAAUAUAAACAAUUAAUCUGUCA